AUGGUUGUUUUGUUACAGCCAGAGCUAGACACUCUUAAUAGGCAAGUCGAUGUUAACCCCAAAUGCAAACCGAGUCCGGUUCGAAUCCCGGUUGUAAAUUUAACCGACCAAAAUGCCAAAACCCAAACUGUGAAGGCUUGUGAGGAGGUAGGGUUCUUCAAAGUCGUCAACCAUAGGGUCCGACCCGAGCUUUUGACCCAGUUGGAGGAAGAGGCCACCAAGUUCUUUGCCUUACCUCAGUCUCUCAAAGACAAGGCUGGUCCAGCCGACCCGUUUGGGUACGGUAGUAAACGGAUCGGACCCAAUGGUGACAUAGGCUGGAUUGAAUAUAUUCUCCUCAAUGCUAAUAGUGAUCCUACGUCUACCCAAACCGCCGCCGUUUUCCACCAAACCACCCAUGCAUCUUUCAGAGAGGUGGUGGAAGUGUACAUGGAGGAGAUGAAGGGCAUGUCGAGCAAAGUUCUGCAGAUGGUAGCUGAGGAGCUAAAGAUAGAGCCAAAGGAGAAGCUAAGCAAACUGGUGAAGGUGAAGGAGAGUGAUUCGUGUCUGAGGAUGAACCAUUACCCGGAGAAGGACGAGACUUCAGACAAGGAAGAGAUAGGGUUCGGUGAGCACACUGAUCCACAGUUAGUGUCAGUGCUCAGGUCAAACAACACGGAAGGUCUACAAAUAUGUUUGAAAGAUGGAACUUGGGUCGAUGUUCCACCUGAUCACUCUUCUUUCUUCGUUAUUGUCGGAGAUACUCUUCAGGUGUUGACUAACGGCAGAUUCAAGAGUGUGAAACACAGAGUCCUCACAAACACGAAGAGGUCAAGAUUAUCAAUGAUCUACUUCGCAGGUCCUCCCUUAACUGAGAAGAUUUCACCAUUACCAUGCCUUGUCCCAAACCAGGAUGAUUGGCUUUAUAAAGAGUUUACUUGGUCACAGUACAAGUCAGCUGCUUACAAGACCAAGCUUGGUGACUAUAGGCUUGGUCUCUUUGAGAAACAACUUCCAUUUUCUAUAUCCAAUGUCUGA